AGGCGCCGCCUCUUCCCGUCCGCCCCGUCCCGGCUCCCGCCGCUUCCCGGCGGCAUGGCGGUGUUCCACGACGAGGUGGAGAUCGAAGACUUCGAGUACGACGAGGAGACCGAGACCUACAGCUACCCGUGCCCCUGCGGGGACCGGUUCCUCAUCACGCGGGAGGACCUGGAGAACGGGGAGGACGUGGCCACCUGCCCCAGCUGCUCCCUGAUCCUGCGCGUCAUUUACGACCAGGAGCAGUUCAUGCGGGAUGAAGUCGUGGCAGAACCUUUGGCAAACAAGGAAUUGGUCAAGUGCUGAUGAAUGCAUCGUGGACUGUGCUGCUUUGGGAUGAGAAAGCAUGGGGAUGGUGACUGCAGAAAGAGUUGUGGUUCUCCUUCUGGAAGUGCUUGCUGCUGUUGGAUACAAGUGCAAUAAUUGUCUGUGUCCUUAACAUGAAUGAGAGUUUGCUGGGACAUCAAACACAUGAAUGUGUUUUGUUCCAAAGGGAUAUACUUGAAAAAAAAA